AUGGCACAUAUUUUGAGAUGGUUGGAAGAAGUUAGUACUGAUGAAGAAGAUAUAAUAGAAAGUGAUACUAAAGCGGAGCUAUGUAAUGAAGACUGUGUUUUUGAAUCACCACAUAAUACCGACACGGAACAGGAAGGAAGUGAUAGGGAACCAUCCUUGGAAAGAAGCGAGCCAGUAGUAUCGGAACCAUGUACUUCUCAAGCAAGACCAGAACUUAAACUAUCAACUCCAGGGGAAAAAAAGGAAACAGAGCUCAAAAAAAUUGAACUCGACAAUUUUGAUCUGUGUGCUCUAAGAAACCUUGUCAACAGUUUCUAUACAGUACGGAAAGAAAGUCCAACAUUGAAAAAGAUUUUAACGGCUGCAAAAGCAGAUCUAAAUUUUCCAGCGUAUGAAAGAUGUUUCACUCCAUCAAACAUAAGAGCAGGGUUUGCAAAGACGGGUAUCUAUCCAUUAAACAGAACUGCAGUGUGUCCAGAAGCAAUCGCGCCAAGUCGACUUACAGACCAACCUCUUCCCACGGAGCCAAUACAAAAAAUUCUGAUUGAAGAAGACCUUGAAGAUACGAUACCUAACUCUAAAAUCGAAACAACUAACAGCGACCCCCUCAAUGAUUAG